AUGUCGGGGCGCCGUAGUGCUAAAAGGGGUGCCCAGGGUGCCCCGGAUCACUCAUCCGCCUUUGAUCUUCACCUCUUGAGUGCCCUCAGAGAUACCCCAGCUACUCACUUCUCAGUCAGGCAGCCGUGGGAUGCCAGCAUUUGCUCUGAUGCGUCCGCCAGGAAGAGGUUCAUGCCGGGGCUUCCGGCUCCGCAGAGAUUGCUCCCGCCUGCAGUUCCCGAGAGAGAAGCAUCUCAUCCUGAGGCGGCGAGGAUGCAGAGCAGGCUCGAUGCCGCGGGUGCCAAGUUUGCUAGAAGGACAAAACAUGUUUCUUGGGACGCGAAGGAGACUGAGGAGAAGAAUUUUGCUUUAUUUAAGUGGCUUAAGAUCAUUGAGCGAGGGCCGUGGGACUUUGCUGUGUCUCGUGAUUUCUUGAGGGCCCGCUUGUUGGGGCUCGGUGCUGGUGAUCUUCUUGAGAGUAUUUCGAAUGCUCUGGCUGCAAAGAGCACUGCGACUCUGCAUACGAGAGCAGGUCCGAUGAUCAGAUAUCUGGCUUUCUGUGACCUGGAAGGUAUUGAGCCCUUCCCAAUCAGAGAGGAGGUCAUGUAUAAGUUCUUCUACGACAUGCAGACACAGGUAGCAGCAACAUUCUUCAAGUCUGUGCUUUCAUCGCUGGCUUUCGGCCGCUUCGUGUUGGGACUCGACAGUGCAGUGCUGGCGCUUGAUUCUCUGAGGGUGAAAGGGCUCGCCAGAAAGCUGUACCUGGGCAUCAGGCGAUUGCAGCAGAGACCGCCACUUCGAGUCAAGGACGUUAUCAGGCUGGAGCUGAUUUGCACGGGCGAUAUACCUCGCUCAGCCCUCGAUGUGGUAAUGGCAGGCUUCGUCCUCUUUAUGGUGUUCGCUAGAGCACGUCAUUCUGAUGCCCAACAUGUUUCCUUGUUGUCUUUCGAGCUUGACUUCCGGGGUGAGUUGCCUGCUGGCUUUAUCAACGCGGAGGUAAAGAAAACGAAAACUAGCUUCACUGUGGAGCGGAAAACAAAAUUUUUGCCUAUGCUGGCGCCGGCGCGGGGUCUCAGCGGCAAGUGUUGGGCAUCAGGGUGGAAGGCGGCGCUCGAGAAGGAGAACAUCACUGCAGGGGAAGGGAAACCUCUCAUGCCGUCACCCAAGAGUGGGGGAGGAUGGAAUGUGAUCCCGCAAACUGCUCAGGCUUCUGGGCAGUGGAUGCGUGCUCUGCUGAGUGAUGGCACUGAUGAUCCCUACUUGCUUGGGCUGGGGACGCACUCAGCCAAAGCCACACUCUUGUCGCAAUUGCACGCAGCCUUUGAUGGUCGCGAGGAGGCGGCUGAACUAAUAGAGGUGUUCUUGCCAGGCAUCAACAGAGAUGGGAAAUAUCAGAGAGCCGACGUUCUUGUGGCAUGGGCACAGGAAAAUGAAUCAGCAAUCAAGCGGCAGCGAAGGGAGUCAUUGCAUGGUAUGUGGGAAGUGCUGCCACAGCAACGUGUGGUGCCGAAGCUGACGGACACAUUUGAUGAGCUGGCAAGGAGCAACCCACUUGUCCUGCUGCCGGCGCUGCAGCGGAAGAGGCGCUUGCUUAAAGAAAAUACAGACGCUACACAGCGCGCAAAGGAGGAACAGCUGGCAAGGAAGAAGUAUGCCCUACAUUUGGCCGAGAUACUUAAGGAAGCGAAGUUGCCACUGGUGCAACAGCUGGAGGGAGUGGACCGGCCUGAGGAAGUUUGGCCACGGAUAUUUGGAACCCGCAGGAGCAAAACGCUGCGAAACCGCUUGAAGGCAUGGCAACCCUUCAGAACGUGGCUGCAGUGCGUCCAUGAGGUGCAAUGGCCGACUAGCGUGCGGCAGCUGAUUGAUUAUAGCAAUGAGAGAUUUCAAAGUGAGUGUGGCAAGACAGUGCUGAACAGUUUCCAGGCGUCGCUGGCUGUCUUGGAGCAGGUGGGAAAGGUCGCUGAGACACAGCGGCUGUCGAGCGAUACGACUUGGCUGGCACACUUGAAGUCGUUGACUGCAGAUUUGGUGGGCGAGCAAGCGCCCGUACAGCAAGCACCAAUGAUGACAGUAGCUAUGAUCAUUUCACUUGAGCUGCACAUUGCGAGGGAGGAUGAGCCGGAGUAUAUACGGGCAAUGGCCUUCGUUGCACUGCUGGCUGUGUAUGGUUCCAUGAGAAUGGACGACUUGCAAGGGAUGCUGCCGGCUACCAUGCAGCUUACUGCACAGGGCUUCAGAGCUACGCUUGGACGCACCAAGACGACGGGCGCAGACCGUCGCAACAAGGAGGUCUCGGUCUUCAUACACAGGCAGGCAGGACUGUCCGGGUUUGAUUGGCUGGGUGAGGGCUUUGCGCUUUGGAAGAAGUAUACUCAGCCGAGAGACUUCCUUGUCAUGAUUGCCAGAGACGAUUGGAAAGGGCCAACUAAGCACUUUGCUAAGAGCGAAGUAGUUGCAGGCUAUGUGCGUGAGGUCUUCAAGAGGCUAGCAACGCCGAAGUUUGAGGAUGGGGCCUAUCGCCUCAACUUGCAGAGGUACCUCUUGGUGGAAGGGGCCCAAGGCUUCUUCACGGGGCAUAGCCCACGCAAUUGGCUUACUUCAGCAGCCGCGGUGUUGGGUUGGUCUAAGGAUCAGAGGGAUUUCUUGGGUCGUUGGAUGAUCGGUGGUUCGGGUUCUGCCGACUACACGCGCACUGCAAGGGAGGUUGUGCAUCGCAUACAGAUUGGAGUCUGCGAAGCAAUUGUCACCGGCAAGGGUGGCGAGUAUCAAGAGAGUGAAGCUCUCGAAGAGCUAAAAGCCUUUGUGGACGAACGUGGAGGUUCAGGUGCAUUGGCAAGGCGGCGGCAUGAUCUACUUAGGACUGUGGAAGGCGUACGCUGCUUGGGCAGCAAGUGGCCUGCCAUUGAACAGGACGAUGCGGAUGCCAGCGAAGAGGAGGAGGCACCGGAAGCGAUGAACGUUGAAGGUAGUGCCACAAAGUACUUCAUUAGCAUCAGUCGUAAGACGGGCCAUCGCAGGCUGCACUUGAAUGGGCCGUGCCAUGUUAAGCCACAUCAUUGCAAUAGGGUCGAGUUUGUCGAGCGUGUCGCAUUGGAUCAGAUCGACAGCAUUUGUCGUGAUUGCAAGCAUCGUAUGAGGGAAGAUCAAGGUGCCGAGGACGAUCAGGACACAAGUAGCGAGAGCGGGUCCACAAGUGACUCGAGCAGCGAAGAGGGGCAGCUUCGCAGGACCGUCAGCAUGUUCGUGAUUGUGAGUGAUCCACGAUUUUCAGUGUCAGCGGAUCAGAGAGCAGAAGUGGCAAAGAUGGAUUCCGACUUGCAGUAUGUGCUUCAGGAAGCCAGUGCGUCACUGGCCACGCAAUAUCAGGUUGCGCGGCUCCAUCAGAGUCGAAGGCGAUUCCAGGCGAUCGCCGAUAACCGCGAAGGUGCAAGGACAGCUGCGCGUGAUUUCGGGAUUAAUCCUGAUACACCGGCGGGCCGUGUUGAGGUGGCAGCUAUAGUGGCUGCGUGGGAACUUGCCAAGGAGUAUGCCAGUAAAGAAAUCGAGCUACGUGCAGAGGCGAAAGUUCUAGGCCAUAAGAGAAUCUUGCAAGUGCAGGAACGCCAAGCUAUGCUGAAGGCAGUGACGGAUGCAUACGGGAAGAUGAAUGAAAGCGAGACGCCAAGUGCAGAGUACUUGGCAACAAAGGCCGAGGAGUGCGAGAGCAAUGAGCCUCUCGCAAGUUCGCUUGAUCGCAUCUCUUCAAAGAAGGAUUCGCAGGUGGAGAGCCUCCAGACCAGCAUUGAUCCCACCGGGCAUGUUCGGGUGACAAAGACGAUGCAGAAGUUGGAAAUGCCACAUCACUCAGAAGGCUAUAGACGCUUGAUGAAGGUCGAGGCACAUGCAUGGCUCUGCAUGAGUGCACGGUUUAAGGUAAAGGCUUGGUUGCAAGGGCUUCAGCUUGAUGAUUUCACAAAGUUUGUUGAGUACAUCUUGGGAGAUCGUGUUGGCAACUUAAAGUUGCCCACUGCUUCUGGGCAAGAGACGCAGUUCAACAGGCCUCCUUGGAACAUCGUCUUGAGUUAUGAAUAUAAGUUGAGGGUUGAAGCUUUCAAGAUGAUCCUGGAGGGAACCGCCACCAUGGCAGAGGCACUUCGUGCAGUGCGUGAGGAUCCGUCGCUGAAAGAGGCUUACUUUACAACACCUCUGGCAUUGCACACAGCUGGUACGCCUACCAAGUUUCGGAAGGGCAACAGCAAAGGAAAGGAUAAGCAGCAAGGGCAAGAGAUUCCACCGCCGCCAGCGCCGCAUCAGAACGGAUGUUUCGGCGAGCACCCGGCCUCGCAGCACGAAGCCGCGACAGCGGGCCAACCUGUGGCAUCAAGGGUGGUUCAUGUCUUUGCAGAUCCUGCUGAGCGCUUUGAUUGGGCACCGCAUCUCAGCAAUAGCUUGUCGCAGCCAGAAUUCGUCGCUUUUGGAUUUGAUGCAAACAACCUGUUUUGUGGUGAUGCUUGGGAUCAGUUGUUUGAGCUUGUGAAACAACCGAAAACCGUGAUCUUGAUUUCGCCACCUUAUGAUACUUUUAGUCGGGCGAGGCAUAAGCAACCUGGGCCCCCGCCACUCCGCAGUGACCAGUGGCCCAGAGGUUUUCCAUGGCUUAAGGAUUCGUCUAUGCAGAAGGUGACUUCUGCCAAUCAUUUUAUCGACCAGUGUUUGAAAGCAACAAUUUUCGCGGCCGAGGCUGGCAAUUUCUUCAUGUGGGAAGCGCCGGAACACUUCGGCCGCACCGCUGAUGGCAUUGUGCCGAGCUCCAUUUGGGUUUGGCCUGAAUUACUUGACUGCAUUCCGCGUUUUGCGGCCACUACCUUCGUGCAUUACUUGUGCGAGUUCGGGGCAGACUGGGCCAAACCGACACGUUACUUGAGCAAUUUGCCUUUCUUCCGUCACUCCCCAAGGCCCUUGACAGGGUUGCCGGUACUGGAUGCGGAUCACCGCUACGUUGGGCCCCUGCCCGCGUCGUGCCCACAUGGGGGUCACGCGAUUAGCACCGGCAAAUCACCGACUACGCAACAGUGGAACUUGCCGCGGGCCCGCGGCUGGCCCCCUCAGUUGUGUCAAUUCAUGGUAGCAGCCAUCGACUUCUCGCUGCAAGCAGAUGGGGAAUGCAAAUCCUCUAAGUCGAAGGUUCCUGACAAGGCAAUUAAGGUCCCCGAUGUGCUGGUUGGGCACGCUAAGGAGCCGCCCAGGGAAUCGAUUUCACCUGCACCGGGCAGGGCUUUCGCUACGGGCGCUUACUGCAAGGGUGGCUUAGUCGGUUUGAGGCAUCAUUCAACUGCGAUGCCUAUGUCGACGCGGGUUCUAACGAAGUACCUGCAGCAGGUUGCACCUGGCUUUCAAGCAUCCGCUAUCGCGAUCUUCGAUGAUGUCAGGACGGGUGUCCACCGUGAUGCUCGGAAUGCACACUAUCCGAACAUGGUAGUGCCGUUAUCCGACUUUGAAGGUGGCCAGAUCUGGCUGGAACAGCAAGGAGGCGACGUUUGGGAGACAACGCCAGAAGGGCAGAGACCGGGUGUCCUCUUGGAGGUUUGUAAGGGUCCCGUAAGCUUCGAUGCCUGGCGGUCGUACCACGCUACGCGGGCGUGGAAGGGCCGUCGGGUGGUGAUGGUAGCAUACAUGACCGACAAGCUUGGCAAUGUUGAGGCUUCCGACUUAGUUCACCUUAAGGCAUUGGGCUUUGAGUUACCACUUGACUUGGACGCAUCGAAUGGGGAGACCUCCGAAGCUCUGGGUACCGCCGAGGGCCCAAGCACACAGGACACAGCACCACCCGUGCCGUUCAGACCAGAGGCGUGCGGGAACCGAGGCAACCCCAUUCGCGUUGAGUGGGAAGGUCAGGAGGCUGACAUGACAGAUGGGUUCGGGUUGUGUUCCCCCUCGCGAUGGAGGCCGAUGGAUCGGGGGCAUCGCCUGGGCCCAGCGGCUACUGCACAUGCACAAUCCAUGUACCGGAUGCUUACGAGCUUCAUCGCCGAGCAUGUACCUGAUCCCCGGCGCUUCUGCUUGAGCCUACUUUCAGGGAAGGUCGAAUCCUCUCCAUUCGCUGGGGAGAAGUUGGAAGCCCUGCGUAAACAGUGGGCCAAGGUGCUGGGUGCGGAAGACAGUCCCGACGUGCUUGAGAUCCCGGAUGCGCAGCCCUUCUUGCUCAGGGCCUUGUCACUUUCGGCCGAAAGACUCGAGGAUCCAGACUGGGAGAUUUUAACUGAGGGAGUUGACUGUUUCUGUACCGGGGUCCCCUUAGGUCUUAAUUGCGACAUACCACACUUGCCGCAGGUGUAUGAAAGGAAGUGCCAGUGGCGUAAACUUGAUGAGUCAGAGUUGGAAUUUGACCGGGAAAAUUAUAAGAGUGCCGAGUUGAGCUCCGCCGGGCUCCUCGAAAAGUUUCGUGCAGAGGAAAAACUUGGACGGAUGAAACCGACAACGCUCGGAGCCUUGCGCGAGGAGUACAGUGAUGACAUGAUCCGCGUGGCCUCAAUGGGGGCAAUCCUCAAACCCGAUGGCAGUGUGCGGCCAUUACAUGAUGGAACGCACGGUGUCAAUGUCAACAACCAGAUACGCUUGGUGAAUCAGUUAGCGGUUCCAGGUCCGGCAGAAAUGUCAUUUUCAGUUCGGCAAUCAGGUGCUAUGCAAGAGAUUCCCUUGGCCGCAACCGCGGACGUGAGUGCUGCACACAGGUUGGUCUUGCAUCGGAAGAGAUACGAGCUUGACUAUGGCGCCAGACUGGUGGGACUUAGCGAAGCCCGAGGUGCCUGGGUGUGCAACUGGGUCGAUGAGGCACGGAAGGCGCGCUUCGUCGUCUCUGUCAGGAAGUUUGCAGAGUUUCUCGGGAGACUUGGGUUCGUGUCUAGGGUUGUGUACUGGAUCAAACCACAUUUGGCCCCCUUGUAUGCUUGGUCAGCUGCGGCUUCGAAGAGCCAUGUUGCAAAAAUGCCGGACACGGUUAUUCUGACUUUGCUCUACUUGGAGGCAACGCUUAAAGACAUCAACUUCAAGGUCACACCGGGCCGACAACAGGAAGAGAAAGGGCAUCUCUUUCACACAGACGCGAAAUGCGAUGAUGGUUAUGUUGUCCUAGGAGGUUGGGACUCUAGCCAGGACCUUUCGGUCGCGUCUUGGUUCUCCAUAGUGGUGAAGCCGGCGGAUGCUCCGUACCUUUUCGACGCAGCGGGAAAAUCACAAUGGGCGUCAGCAUCAGCCGAACUUUUAGCAACAUUAGCUGCUUUGUGGUUCUUCGGACACCUUAAAGAGAGUAGUUCGCAGAGGCGACUCCCCGUCGCCGUUGCCGGGGCCACUGACAAUCAGAGUAACGAGAAGCUUCUUAAGAAACAGUCCACUACCAAGUGGCCGCUCAUGCUCAUCAACAUGCAGCUCUCACAUCUCCUAAGAAAGGCUUGUCUGAGGCUCAGCUUGACUUGGAAACCACGUGACGAAAAUAAGUUGGCAGAUGCUCUGACAAAUCAGGAUUUCAGCUCUUUCAGUUCCGAACACCGUUUGGAUGUCAGUUUCAGCGAGCUACCGCUUGAGCUCUUGAAUCAGUUGUGGUUGUCGAAGUCCGACUUCGAUGGGAAAACAGACAAGAAGGGUGUGGCUCGAGAUGUCACUGCAUUGUUGGGUUAUCACGCAACAAAAGAUGCUGGCAUAGGUACGGAGAUCAUCUACGCCAGGGAUGCCAUGGCAUAUCCCUUAAGAGUCUUGCAGGAGCUCGUCGACGAGGUCCGUGAUCGUUCUUUCAGGCCUGAUGAGACCAGAGGCCUUAUGACGGCCGCGGAGAGGGAGGCUGCGGGAGUUCGCGACGAUGCAGGCGCAGAUUGCUCGUCGUCCUCUUCUGAGGAUGAGGCGGUCAUGGCUAGGAACGAAACCUCGCGAGUUUUGCACAUUUCACGUGAGGAGCAGGCCACCGCUUUCAUUUGUGGCAGAAAGAUUACGGCUGCCUAUGAGGUGCUGCGGGCAGAGGGCGUGGACAAUCCAAAGUUCCGUGCGCAUGCUGAAUUUGGCACUUUGAUGAUGUCUUUGAACGUGCGCCCAUGGGGCGGCAGUGAGGCCGUGACCAAAUUGAAGGCUGCCGGAAUCAAUACACUUGCUAAGGUGGCAUUCGUUUCGUCUUACGCGCCCGGUGCUGCUUCUGAUGCCGAGCUCAUUAAAGUCCUCAACGAAGCACUCGGGAAGGAGAGUGACGCAGGCCAGAAAGCAUCCUGGCGCAGGCUAUUCCAUGAAGCUUAUGCCGUGGCUACUCAAGAGCUUAAGACGAUGGCCGAGAGGCCAGAUGAGGCAGGGCCAAGACGUCUGUCACAGCCGGAGAGAGCAGAGAGGUACCGAAAAAUCAAGGCAUCUGUUUCUGGGAUCGAUAUCAAGGAUCGGAACGAGCCGAGCGACGCUUUGCUGGACUUGUGUGUGGGCAUCUACGAAGGGAAUCGCCUUCGCUAUGUGUCUUGGGAUCGGUGCACCUCCAAGUCCCAGGAGCUCUCGAGUGAGGUGAAGCGUGACAACAUGCUCACUGUGGAUGCCCAGGGGCGCUUGAAAGCCGAGGCUAAGGGCGAUCACAUUAAAGCUGACACGAGUUCGGAGAUUUUGCUGCAGUUCGCACUCUUGAGAAGAGGUCUUGCAUUUGAAAUGUCGAACUUGCUCGACUUUCGUUUGCAUCGCAGGUGGGCCGAAAAAUUGAUAGAGACGAGGAUGGCGGCCCAACUCGACACGCAUUCGCAAGUGUCGUUUGCCCAAUUGGAGGCGGCGGACCAGAAAUUCUUCCAGGAAUUAGCGGACAGGACUCGCGAUGGAGUCCAGGCCACCGCUGUCGGUCGCCCGUUGGACGACUGCUUUGAAGAAGUCUUCAACUUGCCAGAGGUGGGUCGAGACGAGGUGGCGGAGGCGGAGAUGCCAUCGGCAAUGAGUAGUGGGCAGCUCGGAGUGGGCUUGUCCAAGCGAGCGCGGUCAAGGGACCGUGCUAUUGCACAAGUUGCUGAUUCGGCCGAGGGGUCGGAUUCUGAAUCUUCGAUUUUCGCUGCUGAGCAUGUCGCUUCAGCGCCUUUGUUUUGCAAAGAUCCUGAGCAAUUUUCUGCUACCGCAUCACUUAAGAAGCCUUUAGAUCUCAGGGAUGUUGUGACCUUGUGCGAUUUGCUGGAGAGUGAGAUUCCGGCAAGAGGGAACAAUUCUGAGGACGAGUUCAGCUGGAGCACAGGUGCGUACGUGCAUGGAGGUGUGCACGGAUGCCGACAACAUAUGCAUCAGUUUCCCGUGACUUCUGCAUUCCUUGCAAAAGUCUUCAAGGAAUACCACCCGAGGCUUCCCGUGACAACAUUGUCAUUGACUCGCAACGUGCGAACGACCUUGCAUUUGGAUGCAAACAAUGCACUGGGCUAUCUGAACGGCUUGGUUAAGAUUUCGGGGUUUAGUGGUGGGGGUUUGUGGGUCCAGGAUUCAAGCGGAAGCAUUGUGUGCCCCACCGAUCCUUCUCUUCUGGGCUCACACCUCGACUUCAGCGACUUAACUCUUGCCUUUGAUCCGCAUAAGAAGCACCUUACGUUGCCUUGGACUCAGGGCCCACGUAUCGUUCUCAUUGGUUUUGUGGUCAAAGCCCCCGCCGAGAUUCCAGACCAGGCUGCAGAGAUGCCUUUUGUCAGCCUCCGUCAAAGCUGCAAACAUAGUCAGGACUCCUCGGCUCUGGCCCGUCUACAGUCGGCCAACCGCAUUUUCAUUCAGCUGGGGGCCUUUUUGCUUCGGGCUCGUGAACUUGAGGUACCGUUCUCGCUUAUGCAUCCCAUGUCUUCCUGGCUUUGGGAGCUGCCUCCCUUCGCCGACCUGCUCAAGGUCACUUCGGAGGCGCCGGUGUAUCUGGUGUCUGACCUACACAGGAUCCAGCAUCUUCGUUUGGUGUACACCCUGUGUGACCUGUCCCCGCUUUCCGCGGCUGACAGAGCCGACGCCGUGCCAGCCAAACUCUUUUGCGAUCGUUUUGCUGCUGCCUUGUCCACUCAGGUUGCUGCCUUGGGUUUAGGCCCCUCCCCUCUUAGUCUCCCCGAGGUGCGCGCUGCGGCGCAAAACCAGCCGAAGGCGUCCAAGCUGCCACCGCUUGUGCCAGAGUUUGCAUACACGCAGCGCUUACGGUGUGCGGGCCAUCCACCUUUGGAUGCCAAGAACCAGCUGACACAUUCCUGGAACGGCGUGCCCAAACACGCCCGCCUCCUGCGCUCUUCCGCUUCCGAAGGGGGGGCGACUGAGGAAUCCGCGCAGCAAGCGACCAACAUCUCUUUGCAGAAGCCUCGCCAUACUGAGUAUGUGUUCGGUGUGUAUCGCGAGCCGGUGCAAUUUGUGUAUCAGGCUGUCGCACUUCAGCAUCCGUUUGAUGCCGCCAGAGCUCUUCCGGACAAGCUUGUUCGUGUGCUUUUUGACACAUUGACGAAAGGUCCCUUAUGCAUCAUGCGAAACAGGUUGCUCCUGCUGCAAAAGUGGAACCAGUGGGCGAAGGACCUUCGCUCAGAUGAGGCCGCUCUCCAGGCCUCCCUUCAUCCCUCGGUACGCAAGGUUCUUCAAGGAAAGAAGCUGCUUCUUCUUGACAAGAUUGCAAAAUCUCUUGACUGGCCCGACAAGCACCUGCAUCGCGACCUAUGUGCAGGGUUCAAGUUGUCAGGAACUCCUGAUCCUACGGGUGUUUUUGAGCCAGACCACAAGCCUGCCUUAUCUUCGGAGGAGCAAUUUUGGGACGCUGCCGAAGUUUUGAAGCAUCAGCUUUGGGCACGGGUGAGGGAGCAGCCGGCUCAGGAGUACGAUGCGGAGUUGGCCGAAAUCACGCUGGGCGAAACCGGUGUUUCUGGAGGAAAAGGGUGGCUCGAGGGUCCUUUGUCAUUCUCUGAGCUCCAGGAGCGCUUUGAAGGCCAGUGGAUGCCGUGCCGAAGGUUCGCUGUAUGGCAAAACAAGUGGAGGCCGAUCGAUGAUCUUAGCGAGUCGGGACUCAAUGCUACUUUUGGCUGCCAUGAGAAGAUUCCCCUUAGGGCUCUGGACGAGGUGGUUUGGAUUUGCACCAAGAUAAUGCAGGCUGCCUCUGCUAGGGGCGAUGUCACUUUGCAUCUGAGCUCGGGCGAAACCUUGAAAGGCAAGCUGCAUGACCAUUGGACCGACAAGGAGAAGAUCAGGCCUGUCACUACAACGUUUGAUCUUAAAUCUGCUUACAAACAACUUCCGCUCGCACCGGAGGAACAAAGUAAGGCGAUUGUGACCAUUCGACAUCCUUCACAGACCGAGCCGUCCGGCUACAUAUGCAACACUCUUCCUUUCGGAGCCUGUGGAUCUGUUCUUCACUUCAACAGAGUUUCGGCUUUGCUGAGAAGGAUUAUGCUUGAGAUGGAGAUCUUGACGGCGCUUUAUUAUGAUGACUAUCCAGUAGUGACGCCGAGCCUCCUUGGCAACAGCACGGCUGCAGCCUUUACUUCAGUGAUGUCGCAGGCCAUCGCCGCUGCCAUUGAGGAGAUUAUCACCAGAGGGCACGUCGCACCUCGCGAGUUGCCUUCUUUGUUCGGCAGACUUCAGUUCGCCGAGGCACAGAUCCUUGGCAGAAUGGGCAGGUUGGCGAUUCAUGAUCUCAGAAGUCUUGAGAGGUGUUCUGCUGCGCGUGUCAACCUCACAGCUCAGCAUCUUGAAGCCUUGUUGCUCUUGAAGGAACGCGUUGUGUCCGGAGCUCCGAGAACUGUUUCAGCUUCAGCUGCGACUAGUCCUAUCGUGAUCUUCACUGACGGCUGCUUUGAGCCGGAUGCUGCAAACCCCGCCGGUGUGGGGGGGGUGAUGUUCGCUCCUUCGCUUAGUGGAGGCUUGAAGGUAAGGGCCUUUGGCUCGCUUGUUCCGAAGACGUUGCUUGAAGCUUGGCAUGCCAAGGGCAAGCGACACCUCAUAGGACAGGUUGAGAUGUUCGCUGUCAUCAUUGCCAGAUCGUGCUGGGCGAACGUCCUGGACGGUGCCAGGGUCAUUUAUUUCGUCGAUCACAGCGGGGUGCUUGCAGCUUGCAUAAGCGGAUCCUCCAAGGAAGAUACCUGGAGAAAGCUCUUGUGUGCACUCGAGAAAGCUGAUUCACUGCCUGCCUUGCAAUGGUUCAGUCGUGUUCCUUCGCACUCUAAUAUCUCUGAUGGACCAUCAAGAGGUCGAUGGGAGGGCCUUUUGAGAGCCUUCCCGGAGUGCGCGAUCGAUGUCAAGCGGGGCGAGCGGAGUGCUCUCGAAGCGAAGUGUAUCGCUGGGCCAAACUGGCUCGAUUUGUGGCACGAGGCUCGAAUGGAGGUGGGACUUACAGAGUUCGUUCCACCCUUGCCUACGCCAGGCCCUGCAGGAGAACCUACCGGUGCAUCCGUGAGCACUGAGGAGAUGUCUUUAUGGCUUCAGAAGAUCUUCGUCGACCGUGGAUCACUCAGAACAUCUGGCCACACGCUGAAGAGGACUUUCCUUACCAUGGCGACAAAGCGUGGCGUUGAACACUUGGACCGGUUGGUUCUGGGUGGACACGCAAACUCGGCCGGGAUGGCUGACACUUAUGGCGAUGACGAGUUGGCCCGGCCCCUCCGCCUGCUCAUGGCCUUGAUCUCAGAGAUCCGAGAGGGUGUCUUUGAUCCAGAUGCUGGUCGUGCGGGUUAUUUGCGUGGGAGUGGCUUGGAAGAGCUUCGAUUGGGUUUCGCUGCCCAGACGGAUGAUCGCCACCCUCCCUCUGCUGAGUCCUGGGAGAGGGUGACGGGUGACGACGACAUGUUUGGCUUGGUCGACGCGCUUGAUAAGGGAGCACCGAGCCAGCCAGACGUCUUCUUUCCGGGCGAUGAUGACGCGGACCUUAUGGGGCAGGAUUCUGCUGAUGAGCCACCCGAAGCUGAGGUGGGUGACGGCGGUGUGUCCUCUUUGGGUGCAGAAGACGACAAACUUGUCGGCAAGGAUUCCGAUUCUUCUAGUUCGAGUGGAUCAAGUGAUUCAAGUGAUAGCUCCGGAAGCGAUGACGAACCGGCCCGGAUUAUGCCGCCGCCGGAGCCUGCGGUAGGCACAACAUUUUUACAGCAUCAGAGAACUCGCUUGCUGCACAUGAUUGCUGACAACAACCGCCGCGUACUGAUGUGUGGGCGGAUGGUUAGCAGUGGCGGACAGUCACUAGUUCGCCUUGCGGGGCCGAGCGAGCUUCAUUUCGGCAGCGAUGUCAAGACGUCGGAUCGACCCACACAGGCGGAAAUGGACGCAUUUGCAGUAAAGAUCUUGGGGGCUGCUCCCCGUUUGGGGGAUGUGUCUAUCUUGAAGCGAUUGAUGUUCGAGUCCGCCACAUAUGUCAUAGCUCAGUUGCGUCAAGCUGUGCAAGGGGACUCUGCCGAACAGCCUCGAAAGCUUCCACUUGCUGAAAAACAGGCCAGGGCCGAAGAUCAGCGCCGUCGGCUUAGUGGGGUGCAUAUAGAGCGUGAUUUGGUCCCUUCCCAUGCUCUGGUGGACCUCUGUUGUCACAUGCAUGAUGUGGGCAUCACUUGGAUAUCGCCAGGCAAAUGCACCAGCCGCGAAUCAGAAAUUCAGCUUUCGACGAAGGACCAAAGCAAAAUCUUUCGACUUGAGGACAACUCCUUGAAGGUCGGAAGUGAACAGCCCAAGGACAUUGCUUCUUAUGAUUCGCCGAUCAAGUUGCAGUGGUGCCUUCAGCGCCGCGGUCUGGCCUUGGACCAGGCUAAGGUACUGACGUGGGCCCAGCAUGAGCGUUGGGUUCACUGCUUGCUUCACGCACUGACUAAGGAGUGCCCUCCAGGGUUCCACAAGCCUGAUAUGAACCGCAUUGUGCAGGCCGAUCGUGAAGCCUGGUUGAUCCUGGCGUCCGAAGUGCCAUCGCUUAAGCCCAGUACCGCUGGCGAGUACCCUCUGGGUAAGGCUUUGGAUGCUUUGAGGUUCAAGACCUUGAGCAAGGCUCCCCUGCCAAACCAGGUGAAGGACUGUCCCGAGCCGCCAAGCGCCGUCGCCGUGCAAAAGAGGCCAAGACUGAGGGAGACCUACCGCGCUGCCCUCGGGGUGUCCAUGUUUGUGCUUACUGUCGCCGUGUGGGCCACUCCUUCCGUAAUUGCCGAGCUCGCACUUGGAAGGGCGGCUGCCAUUUCUGGCUAUGGCCCACACUCAGUGGGCUUUCAUUUUUCCCCUGCUGCCACUUCUGAGGUUGCCGACGUGUUGGCACCCGCGGAGGCGAUAGCAUUGCAAUGCCUACAGGCCGGUUUUGCUAGUCAUGACGAUUUUCGGAGCUUGAUCGCUUUGCUCCCUGCAGACACUGCCGGUGCCCCGUCAGAAGAAUCUGUGGACCCGACAGCUCCCAAAUCUUUCACAUCCGGCGCAUAUGUCCAUCAAGCCAAAGCCGGACUGCGCUCUAAUUUUCACGCCUUUCCUUUCAGUACCAUGCUUUUGGCCGCCGUCUUGUCGGCAUCUUUUGGAUCUCGCUGCUUCUCGUCUGUUGGACUUUUCUUGAAUUUAAAGGCGCCUCUGCACAACGACGCCAACAACGAUCAUGCCCAUCCCAACCUGAUCUUGCCUGCCUCUGUUUUCCACAAAGGCCAGAUUUGGGUUGAGGGUAAAGGCGAGUGUCCGUGCCCCGACCCCGACGUGCCGCGUCUGGGCUACUUGCUGCCUGUUGCUGACGGCCCACAGUUGCUUCCUUCAGAGAGGCUGCGCGCAACUUGUGACUGGGACGGUACUCGCUUGUUGAUUGUUGGAUUCUGCAUUCGUGACACUGGCCUCCUGUCCGAGGCACAUCGUGUUCGACUCCUUGAUGCUCGUUUCCUCCUGCCUCAAGUUGAGUCCGGAUCGGCCUCAGACGCUGUGCUCCCCGUGCCACCGCCCAAGCGGCCCAAGGAGGCCUUUCCGCAACGGGCCACACCGCUGGUUAUCGAGAUCUUUGCCGGCACGGCUCGGCUCAGCACUGCCUGUCAGAAGCUGGGUUUCAGAACGCUUGCAAUCGAUAAAUCCACAGCACGUGGACGCUUCCCCAUACAACGUCUUGACCUCACCGAUGCUGACGACCUUUGCAUUCUUCUGGAUAUCAUCCGUCUUGAGGCGGCCAAUAUUGUCUGGAUCCAUUGUGCGCCGCCAUGUGGCACCGCGUCUGCGGCGCGCUCAAGACCCAUUCCAGAAUUGACUGCUGCUGGUGUUCGGGUGCCGCAACCUUUGCGCAGCACUUCCGAACCCCAAGGACUCUCCACUUUGACUGGCGCAGAUCUUGAACGGGUCCAGAAGGCCAAUAUGCUCUACCGUGCCGUCGGCCAAAUUGCUGACCUGGCUCGACAAUUGAACAUCUUCGUCACCGUGGAAAACCCACGCAACUCUUUGGCUUGGUUGUGUGAUGGCCUGGACGAGCUGUUCCGCUCACCACAUCACACCGUGGUCUACGAUGCCUGCAUGCAUGGUGGCACACGUGACAAAACCACCCUGUUGUGGUGCUCUGCCGAUUGGUUUCAGCCUCUCGCUCUCCGAUGUUCACGCGACCACCAGCACACUUCUUGGAAACCUCGUUUGCAGCCACAUGCUACCUCUUUCCCGACUGCCGAUGAGGCUGCAUAUCCAGUGCUGCUUUGUGAACGAAUGGCCCACAUCAUUGCCGCACGUGCUGGGGGACUGGCGCUUGCUGCGCCCGACCCGCGCCCUUUUUCCCAGGUAUACUUGCAGCGACAGCCUCGCUUUGCACGACCAUUGGUUGCCUGCUAUUCUGGAAGUGAUGACUGGGCCAUCCCUGUUCGAUCCGAUGAUCUCACCUCCACGCUGCUGGCUUGCUACCCCAAGGGAGCGCGCAUUAUUCAACGCAAACUGGUAUCCUGGGGUAUGGUGCGGGUUUGCGUGCCUUCCAAAUGCACAGGCAUCGACCUGUCGUCGUUGCAUUCCAAAUACCCCCAACGGGUGAAGAUCGCUGAUUGUAUUGAGGAGGACCACCUCAAGCAUGACGAGACAGUUGCGAUAACAGGUUUCAUUGCUGCAGACGAUCCGUGCUCCGAGCAUGCGGAGAUUGUUUCUGUUGGAAUACCCAAAGAACCUUGCGACUUUGUGGCGGAUGCCGUGAAGGCUGGACAUCCUAGGAAUGCUUUGAACGCGAGCCGGGAAGGACCGUCCUCCAAAGUUGCAGAUGCCAUCCUCAUGGAUUUCGAACGGAGGGAGCGGCUUGCCUCAAAAACCAAGGAUCGUUGGAGUCAGAUUGCGGCUACGACUAAGCCCUUGAAUCACAACAUGUUGAAGCACAAGCCGGACUACAUUGUGACCGCGUUAGGGGAUAAGAACCUUUUGGCCUGGAAAAGUAUUCUUGGUGACAAUGGCUUCCCGGACCAACAACUCUGGUCCGACCUGCGCGAUGGACUUAGACUGACUGGCUGGAUGCGGGACACUGGAAUCUUCGACAAGAAAGUCCGUCCCCCGCAAACAUCGCUGGAGCACCUGCUAAGUCAAUCCCAGUACCAAACACCGUUGACCUUGAAAAGGCUACAGAAGACUGUUGUUGACAUCACGGCACGCAAGGCGUGGGCUGAAACGGUGGAGGAAGAGAAGAAGGGAUGGAUCUUUCGGGAUGAAAGUGCAAAUCUUGAUGACAUAGUCUUGGCCCAUCGUUUCGGCUUGCAGCAGAAGGACAAAGUUCGUGUGAUCGACAACGGCAAGGAGUGUGGCCUCAACUUGGCGUGUGGGCUACCAGAGAAGUUCACCUUGCAUGGAGUGGACGUGCUUGCUGGAGUUUUCAUUGAGUUGCUCAACCGCCCUGAAGCUGCCGGCAAAAGGAUCAAAGGGAAAACCAUUGAUCUUGUCUCUGCGUACAAAUUCUAUCCAAUCCACCCUCAAGACAGGCGUCACUUGAGGAUCGGGGUCUAUGACACCGACUCUGGCAUGGUCAGGAUUUAUGGAACCAACGUUCUUCCUUUCGGUGCCACCGGAAGUGUGGCGGGUUUCUUGCGAGUUUCGGCGGCGAUUUGGCACACGGGCAUCCAGGACCUUGGCCUGGGAUGGUGCGCCUACUUUGACGAUUUUCCUUUGAUGGCCCUUGAAGGUCAUGAAGACCAGGUUGGGGGAUUGGCUGGAGAAGUGUUCGACGCACUGGGGAUCCAAUACGCAAAGGAGGGUAAGAAGGCCACUGACUUUGAUUACACCUUUGCCGCCCUGGGAUUGCAGUAUGACUUGACGAGAUUCAAUGAGGGGGUGGUCGUCAUUCGGCAUACGGAAGCACGUACUGCUGAGCUGGUAGAGACCCUCGAGGGAAUCUUACGUGAUGCUGUACUCCGACCUAAGGAUGCGGAAGUUUUGAGGGGAAGGAUGCACUGGUUUACUUCGUAUCUUUUCGGUCGUGCGCCGUGUGAGGCGAUGAGACAGAUAUCCUUGGGGCACAAUGUAUGGACUCAUGCACAAGGCUCACUGACGACCUGA